CAAAUAUUCAAACCUCGCCCCGUCCCGCUCAGUCUCCGCCCCCUCACCGCCUCUCGCUGCCUCCCGUCUUCUCGCUGGUCUCGCGAGAGCUGUGCCCGGAAGCGGCGGCGGCGGCCGAACCGGUGCUGAGCGCCCGCCCGCCAUGGAAGCCCCGCGGGCGCUGCCGCUGCUGCUCCCGCUGCUGCUGCUGCUGCUGGGGCUCUGCGCGGCCGAGCCCUCGCAAACGGAGACCGACAGAUCUUCCACAGCGCCUGAGGGAGCAAGAGCGGCUGACGGCCAGGAACACAGGAGCACAUCCUCAGGGAACGGAAACGAGCAGAAGGACGGGGAAAACCACAACAGCGACACCAAAACAGACCCGAAUAGCGGGACUAAGGUGGACGAGAAGACAAACGAGCAGCAGGACAACAGUGUCACUGGAAACGGCGGCAACGACGACGAGGAGGAGAAGAAGAAAAAGGAGUCAGAGAAAGGCAGCAGCACAGGGGCUGUUCAGGAUGGCAAUGGUGCAAAUGGCAAUGGUGGAAGCAGCAAUGCAGGCAGCGGGGGACAAGGAGAUGAAAACCAGAAAAGCAGCAGUGGUAGCCCAGGCAACACAGGCAGUGAUGGCCAGGACAACUCUGGCAGCAGCACUGUUGGCCCGGGCAACUCAGGCAGUGGCAGUCAUGGCCACGGCAGUAAAGACACCAACACUGGUGGCAGCCAGAACAACAACAGCAAUGAUCAGAACACUGUCAACAAGAACGGCCAGGAGGGCAACCAGCCAGGGGCCACUGAGAACGGGGGCAACAACAAGGGCAGCAAUGGCAAGGAGAGCGAGAGCAGAAGUGGCAGCAACACCCAGGACAGCACCAACAAGGACCAGGGCAACAAACAGGACAGCGAGAACAAGGAGAGCGAGAGCACAAAUGGCAGCAACACCCAGGACAACACCAACAAGGACCAGGGCAACAACCAGAGCAACAACAACCAGGACAGCAAGAACAAGGACAGUGGUGGCAAGGACAGUGAGAGCACAAAUGGCAGCAACACCCAGGACAACACCAACAAGGACCAGGGCAACAAACAGGACAGCAAGAACAAGAGCAAUGAUGGCAAGGACAGUGAGAGCACAAAUGGCAGCACCAACCAGGGCAGCAGUGACAGGAACAGGGCUGGCAACGAGGCCAGCCAGGGGCACACAAACGGGGCCACCAGCCAAGGCAGCAGCGGUGGGCAGCAGGCCCAGACCGAGAGCCAGGGCAGUGCUGCUGACGAGCAGCCUCACAGCCAGGACAGUCCAAAGGACUCCCAGGAGGAGCAAAGCCCUGUGUCACACUCGUCCACUGGGGAGGGCGACAGCUUUGUGGAAAAUGACAGAAACGCCGAGGAGGAUGUGGUCAAGGCUGAGGAGGGCAGUGACAGCUCCUUGGGUUGGGACAAGAAGAGUGCUCCCUCCCUGCCCAGGGCCCACUCGGAGAGCAGCCACUUCUUUGCCUACCUGGUGACCACAGCUGUCGUUGUGGUAGCCCUGUACGUGGCCUACCACAACAAACGCAAGAUCAUUGCUUUUGCUCUGGAAGGAAAAAGAUCAAAAACCGGUCGACGGCCCAAAUCUGGUGAUUAUCAGAGACUGGACCAAAAGAUCUAGAUUCCUCCUCAGAUGAUGAUGGGGAUGGCAGUGCUGCCACAGCUGGAUUUCAGUCCACAGGAAGGAGGGGAAACGCUUUUUGUUUUGCAUCUGCACCUUGAUAAAACCUCUCACUUCCCUAAAUUGCUUGUUUCCCAGCUGCCUUGUUUUCCCCCUGGGUGUCUGGCUGCUGGAAGAGCCAGACCCAGAACUUCUGUGUCCCAAUGCAAUGGAAUUUGCCAUCUGCUGGA